UGACGAACCCAAGUGCUCUACAUCCCUGAUGGUGACAGUUCCCGGAGUUUUGAGACACCCCCUUAUCCUAAUUGUUAAUUAAGGAACAGGAGUGCGUGUGUGUAUAAAAGCCAAGCAGUAGUUCUGGUCUGCCCUGACACACUCUCUGACAAGUUGAACUCAAGAGAGGCUCAUUACCUCUCAUUGAGAUUUUGUUUUGUUUAUGCUUUCUUAUAUCAUGUAGCCUUAAUAUCUGUUAUAGUAAGUUUGUUUGUCAUUUGAUUUGUUGUUUUAUUUUUUCCCUAGACUUAUGUUUUGUAGUGGGUGGUUUUUGUUAUGUUUAAAUAAAUUCUUAUGAUUAUUGAACUGGUGUCUGACCCCCUCGUUUAUGUUGCGGUUCAAAACGAGCUGGCCGUAACAUAAAAUGGGGGCUCGUCCGGGAUAGCUACAUGUAUAGGUAAAGUGUAAUGUUUUAGUGUUCACUUGUAUAAAUGAGUAGACUUCAGUUAUUUAGAGUGUUCUCAGCUGGAUUUAUAAUCCUUCCAUCGAGACACUGUUUGUUAUUUUAGUUUGUUGUUUUGCCUUUCUUAUUUUUGAAGGUUAUUCUGGGCGGAGGUUUUAAAUCUCUGUCGGGGGUACGCUUCAGGCUUUUGGUUUAAAUGUACCAACUGACCUUGAGUUCAGCGUUUAAUGUCGCCUCGAGUCCGGUACACCUUUGAAGAGAUAGGUAGGUUUAGUUAGUUUUGUUUAUAGGGAGGAACUGAAGUCUCUCAUUUUUCAUCUAAAGUGACACUUUGCUUACUGUUUUGUGUUUGUUAUGCCUAAGAUGAUGUGGGGAACGACUUGUGGUAAGUCUUCAUCUAUCUUGUAACUCAGUGGGGUUUGCAAGGAGUGUGUAUGCUGUGACGGUCCCUGGCGAAGUGGCUUAUGGGAUUUGUAGUCUCAACGUUAUAGUUUAGUGGCAUUUUCACGCGUGUGUUAACUGUUUGUUUUGGGAGUUAACUACUGUUUUAGGCAGAAUGUCUACGAUCGUCGAAGAUUUCUUCGCAUUUCCUUCGGAGAUAUUAUUAGAGAGAUGCACAAAGGAAGAGUUGUUGCAGAUUGCCGAGCGUUUUGCUGUGGAGUUAACCAGUAACGACAAGAAGCUUAAAGAAACUCUGACGAACACUCUAAAAAGCGCACUUUCCGAGCGAGGAGUUUUAGAGGUAAGGGCUGAAGUUGUAGACUCUGAGGAGACUUUAACAACGUCUUUGUAUGAUACUGAUAAAAAUGUAGAGUUUGGUGAGAUGUCUGUACAAGAGAAGCAGUUGUAUGUUGAUGCAGAAAGGCUUCGUGCUGAGCGUGAUGCUCUUAUUUUAAAGGAGAAGGAGUUAGAGCGAGAUGUUGAGUUUAAGAAACUGCAACAGAAAUUUGAGAUCCGAAAAAUGGAGUUGGAGUUUGAAAGAGAGAAGGAUGAAAGACGUUUUCAGUUGAGGAAAUAUGAGUUGGAGAUGAAUGCGAAAUCUGCUCUAUCUUCAGGGUCAGAUAAUGAAUUUGGUCCAGCUGCACCUGCUUUUGAUGUUUUUAAAAACAUUCGGAUGGUCCCGCCAUUUUCUGAGAGGGAGGUAGAAAAAUAUUUCUCUCAUUUCGAACGUGUUGCAGAGUCAUUAAAAUGGCCCAAGGAAUUUUGGACAUUAUUGUUGCAAUGUGUUUUGACAGGGCGAGCACAGGAAGUGUAUUCAGCGUUGACCGUUGAACAAAGUCGUGAUUAUGAAACGGUUAAAUCUACACUGCUGCAAGCAUAUGAAUUGGCACCUGAGGCAUAUCGCCAAAGGUUUAGAAAUUUUGUCAAGUCUGAGAAGUGCACCUUUCUUGAAUUUGCCAGGGAAAAAGAAACCAUGUUUGAUCGUUGGUGUAAUGCAAUGAAAGUAAAUACAAAGGAACAGCUUAGAGAGCUGAUACUUAUGGAGGAGUUUAAACGUUGUGUACCGACAGCUGUCACUGUAUAUUUAAAUGAGCAUAAAGUGAGUAAGUUGUCAGAAGCUGCUCUCAUGGCUGACGAAUUUGUUCUUACCCACCGAGGUUCGACUAGUCAUUUAAAUGAUUUGCAUAGACCUAAGACUAGCAUUUUGGGAAAGGGCAAAACAACUUUUGAACGUCAACAUGUUGCUCAAAAUUCUUCCGCUGAUUAUGUUGUUCCUACACGUGUAAAAGGAGAGCUUAUUUGCUUUUAUUGUAAAAAAGUAGGACAUAAAAUUUCUGAUUGCAUGAUUCUUAAGAAAAAAGAGAGGUCUGCUAAAACUGUUGGAUUAAUUUCUACAUCAUGUGAGAACCAUAGUCCUCCUACUCAUUCUGUGAAAAUGCAGAAGGUUAUCUCUGAAGUUGAAAAUGUUAAAAGUCAUAAUGAUUAUGCACCUUUUCUUACAGAAGGGACUGUGUCUUUACCUGGCUCUGAGAGGACUGUUCCUGUCUGUGUCCUCCGAGAUACUGGCGCUUCUCAGUCCUUUUUAUUGGAAGGACUUCUGCCUUUGUCUGACAGUACUGCUACUGGAGCUCAUGUACUCGUUCGAGGGUUUGAGAUGGGGUUUAUGGAAGUUCCUCUCCACCACAUUCAUCUGAACUCCAAGCUUGUGUCAGUGUGACCCGAGAUGAAUUAAUCAAAGAACAAAAGUUGGAUUGCACCCUUCAGGAUCUGUUUUCUUUGGUGAACGA